AGUAAAAUAAAAUGACAACUACUAAAAUGGAAUCUCAAGCACAAGAAUAUCUGAAGCAAAAAAACUGGAAUAAAGCUAUAGAACUAUACACUAGACUUCUUAGGAACAAUGGUCAGAAUACUGUUGAACAAGUUAUAUCCUACUUAACGGACAGAGCUGAAUGUUUCUUGGAAAUGAACAAUCAUCCUGCUGUUAUAGUUGAUUCAAAAGAUAUCAUCAAAUUGUCUCAGGAUCAUGGUAGCUACAAUGUUUGCCUGGCUAGAAAAAGGCUGAUACACUCUCUCUAUAUGCUUAAAAGAUUCCAAGAAGCAGACAUGGCUGCAAGAGAUUGGUUGAUACUAAUACAAGAAUCAGAUUUUAACAAAGAAGCUAAACCUGCCUUAGAAAGUCUACUAGGCAACUUUAUAAACUCAAAUGAUUCAAAGCAAAAAUCUUUGUAUUUGUUGAAAAUUUUGAAUACAAAUUUCACAACAGCAUUCAGCAACCCUGUCAAGUUUGAGAGGCCCCCUUCUUUAGUGUCUUGCAUCUACUGUAAUGUUUCUUUUGUGGACAAGAUGGAAUUGAGGGCUCACUGUCAGACUGAUACUCAUGAAAUGAUGAUAAUGUCUGAUGAUGGGCAUGAUUGGUAUUGGCGUCCUCCUCCUAGAGGCUUUCAGACUGACAAUUAUGGGGUCUGUGAGAACUGGAGAGACACAGGCUGUUGUAGAUUUGGUGUCCAGUGUGUACAGGCUCAUGGUGAGGAUGAGUUGAUGGAAUGGAAAGAGAGGUUUCAUUAUAGAGAGAUGAGGUUGCAGAGAGCAAAAGAAAAAGAACUGUUUGGUAAAUCAUACACGGAAGAAAUUCUCGAAAAGUGGCUACAAUCUCCAAACCCUAACACUCUCAUGCGAGAAAAAGUAGAAGAAAUCGAAGACCAUUGUUCUUGCCCAAUGUCAGCUACCGUUUCGUCGAAAAACAGCUUACACGAAUGGACAUUUUACCUCAAAUCAAGACGACCUAUAAAAGCUGUCGCUCUCUUACAAGAUACAUACCGAAAUCACUUCUCCCUAGGGAAGAUUUCCAUUUGCAAUCGUCCGGUAGAUUUCCCGAACAAACAGGAGUGGAUAGCCCCAUUCCACCAAGAAUCAACGCCUCUCGAGUACAGAAUCUCAGUAGUAUUCACCACGAACAUUUUCGGUACUUUCAGACAGUCCGUCGUUUUCGAUUUCUCCACCGAACCCGUACUAGUGAAACAUCUGUGCGUGGACGUAGUACCGGAUCUAGACCUAGAGAAAAUUUUCGAAAUCCGCAAGGAAAUAACACUGUCCAUCGCUGAACGUUGGACGGUGCACAACUCAGACAUAGUCACGUUCCAAUCCAAGCUGGUGCACACUAGCGCCAAUGAGGAAUGGGAAAAGAGGCUGCGGUCGAUGUACCCUUGCCCGCACGCCGACACGUUCUUACUGUCUCAUGCGACAGUGGCCGAGAAGAAGUUCACUAAAAACAACUACAGAGAACGCAUGCACGAACUGCUGUUCAUCGAAGAGAUGGCCAGAUACGACCUCAUCGCCCAGUACAAUCUGACGGCGAAAUUGCAGAUAGCGCACAGCUACAUUUUGUCGCCCAACAGUAUGGCGGCCAGCACGGCCAAGUACUCGAAUAACGGGGAACUGUUCGCUUCCGUAAGUUUGGGCAAGGAGUUGUCCGAAGAUACGUCGGAGGGCAGGUUGAUUCUCAUGCAUUGCAAUACUGUGUAUAUCUGCCCUACAGGAAGCGAUCCCCAGCAGAGGAAGGUUUACGAGGCACUUAUAGAGGACAAGGGGAAGAAUACAAUUUAUCUGAGAUUGUCUGCUCAAACUGUGCAAGAAAUGAGGUUGACGCAAGAAUCCGCGACAGAGGUCGAAAUCCAAUUCCAGCUGAACAGGAUCCCGUACUGCGAGUGGCACUACACCCUCGACAAGAUGGCGAACUUCAAGAUGAUCUUCCCGGAGACGUACCUUGAACCGAGCAUACCCUGGUCUCCCUCGAGGCAGUGGUCGAGAACGCUCGAUCCUCGUCUGAACAUCAAACAGAAAGAGGCUGUCAAUGCUAUCACAACGCCCCUAUGCAUUCCUCUACCGCCUAUACUGGUUAUAGGCCCUUUCGGCACAGGCAAGACCUUCACGCUGGCGCAGGCUAUCCGAGAGCUGAUCCGAGAUCCAAGCAACAGGAUAUUGCUGUGUACGCAUUCCAACAGCGCAGCCGAUCUGUACAUCAAGGACUACUUGGACCAGUGGGUGGAGGCGGGAGAAGAGAACGCGAGGCCGUUGAGGAUCUAUUACACCAAGCGAUGGGUAACCACUGUCAACCCCGUCGUGCAAAAAUACUGCCUGAUCCGCAACGACGGUACCGUGCGCUCCUUCCUCAUCCCCACCAUCGAGGACAUCACCAAGCACCGGAUCAUCGUCGUCACGCUUUCCACGUCCGUCUACCUGUCGGCCAUGGGUCUGCCGCAGGGCUUCUUCACGCACGUGCUGCUGGACGAGGCGGCGCAGGCGAUCGAAUGCGAGACCGUCACGCCCCUGGCGGUGGCGCAUGAAAACACCAGGCUGGUGCUGGCCGGCGACCAUAUGCAGCUGGGGCCGGACAUCUUCUCGACUUUUGCUAGAGAGAGGAACCUACACAUCUCACUGCUGGAGCGGCUUUACGACCACUAUCCUGCGCAGUUUCCCUGCAAGAUUCUGCUCUGCGAGAAUUACAGGGCACACGAGAGCAUCAUUCAGUUCACGUCCGAGUCGUUUUACGACCAAAAGUUGGUGUCCAGCAGCAAGCAGCCGAGGCACAGCAAGUUUUUUCCGUUGACCUUUUUCACUACCAGAGGGGAGGACGUGCAAGAUAAGAAUUCCACGGCGUUUUACAACAACUCAGAGGUGUACGAAGUGGUGGAAAGGGUAUCAGAACUGAAACGCAACUGGCCCACCGAGUGGGGGGCAUACAAUGACCAAUCUAUAGGCGUCGUCACACCUUAUUCUGAUCAAGUAUUCCGGAUAAGAUCUGAACUCAGAAAGAAAAGGAUAGACAAUGUCUGCGUGGAAAGAGUCCUCAAUGUGCAAGGCAAACAGUUCAGGGCCAUCAUCCUGUCGACGGUGCGCACGCGCAAGACCUGCACCAACGACACCAACGGCGCCGACGUCGACUACGGCUUCCUCUCGAACUCGAAGCUGCUCAACACGGCGAUCACGCGUGCGCAGAGCCUGGUCGCGGUGGUCGGUGAUCCGAUAGCGCUCUGCUCGCUGGGCAGGUGCAGCAAGGUGUGGGAGCGAUUCAUGCAGAUAUGCAACGAGAGCGACAGCCUGUUCGGGAUCACGUGGACGCAGCUCAAGUUACAACUCGACGGCAUCGAACUGAAGAAAAUAUACACGCUCAACCCGCUCGCCCCCGAAUUCGUCCCGCGCAAGUACAAAGAGCUCGGCCUGCUGCCGCGCGCCCUCAAAGUCCAGAACGCCAAAGAGACAAUACCGCCCCCCGUCACCGUUCCCGCCCCCGCCCUCGUCGCACCCGUAGCCCCGCCCUUCCCCCUCCAAGACCUGCGCUUCUUCCCGCCGCUUAUCUACUCGCAGCAACCACGCCCCUUCCUCUUCAAUCUCCUCCCUCCGCCAAUCGCGAACGGCUUCAGCCAGACGCCCCUCCCACUGGUGAACGCGCCGCUUGUGGCCCCGCCCCCUAGGGCCGCGCCCGGCAUGCCGCUGUUGAAGGGCGUGGCACCUGUGGCGAGUGCGGCGUUGCCGCAGCAGGGGCAGACCAAGCAGGUGGUGCAGUCGAAUAAGAAGCUGAUCCAGUUCAUGAACAACGUGCAUUUUCCCGAGGCUAACGUGCUGAGCGACUGCAUCAACUUGUUGCCGCACAACAUGUCGCUCGCCGAUAUGCUGUUGCAGCCGCCCGGUUUACAAGAACGAUGGUACAACUAUCUGAGAGAUACGACUGGCAUUGAGGCGGCAGAAAAAUUCAAGUACCUCUUGCACACAACCAACCAAAAAGGUUCCAAAGUGAUGGACAAAAAUAUUUUCGAGCGUUCCACCCCCUCAUCUUGCGAGUCCCCGACUUUCAGUUGGUAUGACAGUCCUACCAACCAAAUCAACUUCAACAAACCCGUUUACAUGACCGAGAACAUAUCCAAUGAGGUCACUAUUAGCCAUCAGCAAGACUUUGUGAAGGACCUCACGAAUUUUAGACCAAAUGGGGUCAAUAAUGGUAUGAGUGAGGUGGACUUGCAAAGGCACAUCAAUGAAGAAUUCGCUAAUCUGAAUGUAGAUAAUACAGAUGUGAAUGAAGUGUUCAAAGCAUUUACUGUUAAAAAUGAGCAUAGUCUGCACUUGAAUGGUGGAAACAAUGUAGCUGUUCCAAAAUUUUACAAAUAUUUCCAGUAGAUCUUCAUUAAUAUAUGUAUGUAAAUUGUAUAUAAAACUUGUAUUAUAUGUGUUGAAUGUUGUUUAGUUUGUAGAUUUUGUGUAGUUGCUUUUUUUUACUAUAUUUAUAAUAAUAUGUAUGUAUAUGAACAUUUAUAUAUUGUACUUAAGUUGAAAUAUAUAGAUACAAAGGAGAACCAUUUACUC